GAUAUAAGAUAUAUAUAUAUAACAAACAUGUCAGAAUCAAAUGGAAAUGAUAAGAAGAGAAAGGAUGUUAGGGAGAGCAAACAGGAGUACUGGGCAAAGAAGGCAAAGAGUGAACAGAGGAUGAAGUUUGGUCAACAGGGAUGUCUGUUCACAUUUGGCAAGGGUCGCGAACCUCAGGCCACAAGGGACAUGUACAACUUGCUCAAGCAGUACGCAGAGUUGGUACAGCCCAAGACCUCGGCAGAGUCAUUGCCACAAGCUGCAGAGAACUUUAACGAUGCGUUCGAGAAGGAGUUGGCGGCGAUGAGAGAGGAGGGCAAGAAGCGAGGAGGCAAUGCAAGGUUUGAAAAGUUGGAUAUAGGCUGCGAGGGCAUUGCUUUCAUUGGCUUCAAUGAGGAUGCGGCCACAUUGAAUGUACAGGAUAUCCUCAGCAAGCUGUUCAACGACGUCGAGCAAGAGAAGUCGACCAAGUCGCGCUUUGUCACGCGUAUCAUCCCCAUUCAAACAACAUGCAACUACCUCAACAUUGACGAGACACUCAAGAAGCUCAUCGAUGAUAAGUUAAACAACAUAGUUGAUAUCAAGAAGUACAAGAUAGAGCUGAGAUCUAGGUAUAAUACAUCGGUGGAGAAGGAGAAGGAGAUUCAAAGGAUAGCAGCGAUGGUCAGCAAUAGACAUGUGGUCGACUUGAACAAUCCUCAGGUGACCAUCAUCGUUGAGAUUAUCAAACAGUUCUGUGCAAUGUCCGUAGUCACUGACUACAUGGAGCACAAGAAGUACAACCUGUCCAACAUUGCUGGUUUACCUGCAUCCAAUCCACCAAAGAAGAAGGCGCCACUAACAAUAGGAGGUGAUGGUGGCGGUGGUGGCGGUGGAGACGAUGAUGGACAAGAUGGAGAGACAACGACAACAUCAACAACUUCGACUACAUCUACAACUACAACAACUUCAUCCGCUGAUAAUGGCAAAGGUCUGGAACAAGCAGGAGACAAAGAGACAGCAGAUGUCAAU